AUGGUUGACUGCCAGCGCAAUGGUCAAGAUACUGCAAUCGAACGGGUUCAGAUCAUCGACCUUGAAAAUGCUGCUUAUCUUCCCAAAGGUAGAUGUAUCAAAGGUAUGCUUGCUGGCAACGACAACUGGCGAAGUCCCGAGGAACACGUCAAGGGGGAGCUUAAUAAGCCGACUGACAUUUUCUCAUUUGGGGUCGUUUGCAUCUAUGCUAUGCUCAGGCGCGUCAUCUUUGGUCCUGAUGAUGAUUUCAGGAAACAUCAGAGCCAGGGUGCACUGCCCGCCUUCAUUCGCCUGCAACGUCAAGUGUCGUAUUUUGGAGACCCUGAAGGGAUCAACGGUCUUUUAAAACACAUCGGCGAUGAUGAGAUUAGUUGCCAGAUCCUAAGGAUGCUAUGGGAUGAAAGGGCUGAGGAACACAUCCCAUACACACCAUUUUCCGAGUGGCCUGAUGUCGUUGAUCCAGCAUUCAAGGAUCUUAUUCGGCAACUCACAAAUUUGGACCCAGCCAAACGAGUGACAGCAUGCCAGGCAUUGGAGCAUCCAUGGUUUCAUGGUGAGUAG